UUGAAUAUAGCAAUAACAAUAUGUCGCCGUACGCAAUUUCUAAAUUUCAGGUUUUUUUCAUUAGGUAAGUGUGUGCCAAUUGUGCGUGGUGAAGGUGUCUACCAGAAAGGAGUUGAUUUCUGUAUCGAAAAACUUGCAGAAAAUCAAUGGAUUCAUGUUUUUCCGGAAGGCAAAGUUACGCCUAAUCCGAUUCGGAUAAAGUGGGGCGUGGCUCGUAUGAUUAUGGAAAGUCCGAAUCCUCCCAUAGUUCUUCCGAUAUGGAUUCAACGAAUGGCGGAAGUGUGGCCACAAUCAAAGCCCUAUUAUCCAAGAUUCGAAAAGGUUGUAAAUGUCUGUGCUUUCCAUGGCUAUUCGACUUGCUGCCUUUUAAUCAAAACCGAUCUUCGCAUUACAAACACAAUAGCAAUUUUUCCAUAA